GCUGGGACGCCCCUGCUCUUUCUCUGAAGUGAAGGCAAAGCAGACCUGCCCGGUCCAAUUGCUGAUAGUAGGCAGACUCAACACUGAGAUCCCGCUGGAAAAGCCUCUCGAAAUAACGAAGACAAUAGGCGCUGGAAUGGACUCCUCUCCGACCAUUGGAGAGUUUUUCCACACACUCUGUGAGAUGGGCUUCACGGAGAUGCAGAUCCAGGCUGCAAUGCAAGCAGGACACUUUACUGUGCCAGAGGCUACAGAGUGGCUCUUGCAAAGCGGGAGUCCAAGACACAAGCUGGUGAAGCAGUCCUCUGAUCUGCCAGAGACUGCAAUCUCUGCGUUCAACCCACCCAAAGGCCAGGAUUCUCCCAGCACAGCUGACACAGCUAAGUCAAACACAGACAGCAAGGACAGUAAAACAGGUCCAGCCUCUCUCUCUCCGCUGGAGUCCCGGAUGAAGCAGGACAGGAACGGCUUCCAGGACCAGCAGAGAGAGCGUGUGGUACAGGAGGCGCAGGAGGAGAGGAGGCUCCGGAAGAAGGAACGAGAGCUGGUGCUGAAAAGGAUUGCUGAUGACCGGAGAAACCAGCAAGAGAAAUCACAGCCCCACGGCCAGCAGGAGUCCUCUCCUUCACAGGGGCAGCAUCUGGGGGGCAGGAUCCAGACCAGUGUGGACAACCACUGUCUCCUUAUGAUCCGCCUGCCGUCGGGCGAGUCAAUGAGGGAGCGGUUUCCUGCUGAUGCUCCUCUACGCAGUGUGGUGGAGCACAUUUCGGGGCGCCACCCUUCUCUGGCGGCCUUCUCCCUUCUCCAGGGGUAUCCCAGGAAGCGCUUUGGUGAAGCAGAGCUGGCUUGCUCCUUGCGUUCCCUGGGGCUGACACCAAACGCUGCACUCUGCAUCCAAACCACACCCCCAGAAACCCCCCUGGAGCCCCUGCAUCCUGCAGCUGGAGAGAGGGAGGAGCCACAGAGAGACCAAACCGGGCCCCAGCUGGAAGAGAGUGACGAGGAGCAGCUCUUGCCUCCCCCAGCCCUGCCUUCCCCACUGUGGGAGCGGGCAGUAGAGCAUGCUGGGUUACCCGGCCUGGGCCCUCCUGUUCCUGGGCCUUCUCAUCACUGGGGCAGGGGCCAGAAGCUAGUGACUGGUGAUGCAGAGCGGGAGUCCAGCUCGGGGGAGGACGAGGGGGAGAGAUCAGAGGAGGAGCUAGAGGAGCCACCGUUCCCCUUUCCUGCAGGGUUACCAGUGCUGCCGUUCAUCCCCGGGAACCGGCCACACGCUGCAGUAGCACCACAGUAUCGCUGGCCUGACCAGGGCAACCGGCUUCGGGAGGGAGCAGAGGAUGUGCCUUUGCCAGCAGGGGGCGUGGACAGACAGGUGGUAUCGGGGGUAGCAGGCCAGGCUGCAGUGGAGCGGCUCCAGAGGGCGGCACAGCAGGACGACUCGCCGGGCACUGCGGGGCAACCUUCCCCCCCAAAGAGGCCCUUCAGGACCCCCAGCGUGCAAUCCCUCUGCACUUUGGCAACCCGUGCCACCGUUGCACUCAUGACAGCUCCUAGUAUGCAGUACAGCAGCAGUCUGUCGUGUCUGACCCCGGAGCUGGCUGAACUCCUUCUCACCCACAUGUCUCGAGAGCGUCUCCUGCGGCCGCGCUGCCUUGAGCUCUUCUUCGGGUGUCCAAUUCAGAAGUUUGUACUCAACUGCUACCCGUAUUCCACCAAUGAGCUGCUCAGACAGCUGCGUGCCUUCACUACCCUCAAACACCUCAGCUUGGUCUCCUCACCCCUCAUUACAGAUUUAGGGCUGUCUGUCCUCUCCAGCCUGCAGAAGCUCCAGCAUCUCAACCUGGCUGCCUGCAGCAAGCUGACUGAUUCCUGUCUCCAGUAUGUCACAGGCCUGAAGUAUCUCUCCUACCUGUCUCUGGACAGUACUAAAGUAAGCGAUUUGGGGAUGGUGAUGUACUUGAAGUCGGCCCCCUCUUCGCUCACUCAGCUCAGUCUGAACCAGACGGGGAUCACCGAGGCCACCCUGGUGGUGCUGUCCAGCUGUGUGCCACAGCUCAGGCUGCUUAGCAUCAAACGCACCAAGGUCAGUGACGUGUCUGCUUUGGCCAAGCUGUGCAGCCUGCAGUCACUCUACCUGGAUGGGACAGGGGUUACAGAGGUGUCCCUGCAGCACCUGGCCUCCCACCCUGCCCUCUCAGUACUCAGCCUGGCGGGCAUCCAGGUCACCGACGGCAACCGUGCCCUUGAGAUUAUUUCUGGUCUCAGACUGGCUCAGCUCACCCUGCCUGGGCGCCACACAGUGACAGACAGUGGUCUGGCCUUCCUGUCCCGACUGACACUACUUUCAGAGCUUGACCUGACUGACUACACUCAUGUCACCGACCUGGGCACAACGCACCUUGCCACCAUGACCAGGCUGAAGAAGCUGUCCCUUGGUAACACACUGGUGACCGACAGUGGCCUGCUGCCCCUGCGCAGCCUGCAGGAGCUCAUGGAACUGUGUCUGGACCGCACAGCUGUCACUAGCCGCGGCGUGGCUGCUUGCAUCACCUGCCUGCCCCACCUGCAGGUGCUGGGCCUGGCCAGCACUCAGGUGGGCGACACGGUGGUGAGGUGUGGACUGCUGUACUGCACGCAGCUCCUGAAGGUCAACCUGAGUCGCACCCGCAUCACUGAUAAAGGCCUGAAGUGCCUGCGUCAGAUGAGGCUCAACCAGGUCAAUCUGGACGGCACAGGUGUGACUCUCACGGGUAUCGCAAACCUUAUUGCCUCCUGUCCCAACAUCACCAGCAUCCGUGCCAGCCAAACACGGGCACUGCCCCCUGAGCAGGUUUCUGACGACGAUGACCUUGCUCCCUGAUCUGUGGGCAUCUGCCAGGGAAGGGGCUCUGUGGCCCUGGCACUAGAACUGCUCAAAGAGCAGUGAGGUGAGGGAACUGACAUGGGGGCCUCAUGCAGGACCCUUCUGUACUGUAGUCCGAGGUGUGAUCUGGGAAACAUCUGGACUGGGACAGAACCACAGUAUGACAACAAUAUGACAAUUGAUAUUGUUUUCCCUUUUAUCCUUUUCUUAAUAUUAUUCUGACUAGGGUGUUAAGUAUUUAUCACCAGCUAAUAUAAUUUCCAUUGGUGCAUGGUUGAUGGUUGUAAGUUGUGCAUAAGUUUGAUUUAUCUGGUAAGGAACCUAGACUGAUACCGAUUAUUAAAAGAUUGUUCUGGCAGGAGACACAGCACCGAGUUAAUGUUCUCAAGUUUGAGGUUCUGGUGAUGGUAUAUUUUAAAAUUUAAUUCUUCCAAUUCCAAAUUCAGUGUGAUCCUAUAGAGGCACUAUUGUGGAUUAAGAGAACAUUUGUAUUUCUUCUAUUUCAAGAACUCUUCUUUCAGUUUGGUAUGGUAAGACUGUGGUGACAUCACUUUCAGUCUUCUUCAAGAUAAUCGUGCAUCUUGAUUAGGAAGCAGGUUUGUGAAAACAGGUCUGGCUUCUGUCUUUUCAGAUUUUGAACAAGCUCAGGUUGCACACUUCAAAUGUAUUUUUAUAUGGAAAAAAAACAAAUUGUUGAUGAGAAUAGAGAACUUACUUUCACACAAAACUGUAGAGCUUGUAAAGGUGGUUUAAAUAUCUCAAUGUUUACCAAGGUGUAGAGUGUUUUGCUACCUUGAUCCUUAAGUUUUUUUUAAUAACCUGAACUAUUUUAAAAUUGAUUUUAAACUCCACUGCAAAGACGUGUGAUUUUUCUUUUAAAUGUGAAAGCCUAAGCCCACCCAUUUUAUUUUCAUGAAAGUGGAAAGAUGCAGCCUUGUUUGUGUUCAGUAGUUCUGUUGAAAUUUUGUUUAUUAAGAUCUGUAUUACAUAAAAUGUACCCCCUAUAAUCAAAAAAGAAAACACCUGUAGAAUUACAGGCCACCAUCUUAGGAAAAGAUAAAAUAAACUACAGAUUUCACUACA